AUGUCUGUCUUUAGGGCUUUUGAUUUUUCUGGUGAAGUCGCAAUUGUGACAGGCGCGGGCUCGCGUAUGGACGGUGAGAUUGGUAAUGGACGAGCCACAGCCAUACUUCUUGCCAGGCAAGGUGCGCGUGUAGCCUUGGUGGACUCGAACCUCGGUUGGGCACAAGAGACGAAGCGAAUGAUUGAAAAAGAACAAGGUAUUGCUGAAGUGAUCCAAGCAGAUGUGACAGUCGAGGAAAGCUGCAAGUUAGCUGUUGCUCGAACCAUUGAGUUGUUCGGAACAGUGCAUGUUCUCGUCAAUAUUGUCGGAGUCGGCGGUGCCAUGGGAGAUGCUGUUGAGCUCAAUGUUGAUGCGUGGGAAAGAGAUUUUCGCAUCAAUGUCACCAGUAUGAUGCUCAUGUCUCGCCAUGCAAUUCCAGAAAUGAGAAAGAAUGGCAGAGGAGCCAUUGUCAAUAUGAGCUCGGUCAGUGGUUUGCUUGGGGGGAAUCCGUCACUGCUUUACCCUACCAGCAAAGGGGCCGUGAUCCAAAUGACCAGAGCCAUGGCUGCUCAGCACGGGCCUGAAAAUAUUCGCGUCAAUUGCGUCGCCCCUGGAAUGGUUUAUACACCAAUGGUGAGGGGCCGAGGCAUGACAGAUGAGAUGCGACAAGCUCGAAUCAAUCAAAAUCUCCUGAAGCAAGAGGGAACAGCGUGGGACGUUGGAUAUGCGAUUUUGUUUCUGUGCAGUAAGGAAGCCAAGUGGAUCACUGGACUUGUUAUGCCAGUUGAUGGCGGCACAACCGCAGGAAAAGCAGAUCGUCCUGCGCUGAAAGCAGAUACACUCGCUGAAAGCAACACUGGGAUACCCAACUAA